AUGACCUUCGUAAAUGGUAAUGCCUUACGGAACCAGUCUAACAUUGAAGAAUUUAUUCUCCUGGGCUUCACAAAUUUUUCCAUAAAGAUCCAACUUCUCCUAUUUAUCCUCUUUCUGUUCAUCUACAUCUUCACGUUAUUGGGUAACCUUAUAAUCAUAUCAGUGACUACUCUGGACUCCCUUCUCCAUACGCCUAUGUAUUACUUCCUUCGUAAUCUCUCCUUCCUUGAGAUUUGUUAUAUUACGGUCACCUUGCCCAAGCUGCUCCAAACUUUUGUGGCCAAAAGAAAAACCAUCUCUUUCUAUGGAUGUUGUACCCAGAUGUACUGUUUUUUCACUCUUGGUGUUACAGAGUGCUUUCUUCUUGCUGUUAUGGCUUAUGAUCGUUAUGUGGCCAUCUGUAACCCCUUGAGAUACUUCUCUGUAAUGAGCAAAACGUUAUGUUUAAGAUUAGCAACAGUCUCAUGGGUUUCUGGUAAUCUCAUAUCUCUUGGACAGACCGCCUCCAUCUUUAGCCUUCCCUACUGUGGCCCUAAUCUCAUCAACCACUUUUUCUGUGACAUCCCACCGGUCCUAAAGUUGGCCUGCACUGAUAUUUCUGCAAAUGAAAUUUCUGUUUCAGUUACUGGAUUCCUUGUCCUGCCUUUGCCAUUUUCCCUUGUGCUAUACUCCUAUGGGCGUAUUAUAGCUGCUAUUCUCCGCAUCAGCUCCAACACAGGCCGCAAAAAGGUCUUCUCCACCUGCGCCUCACACUUUGUAUCCGUCACAUUGUUUUUUGGGACAGGAGCGUUCACUUAUGUUCGUGUAAAGACCAGCAAAACUCCAGACAAUGACAAACUGCUGUCCCUCCUCUACAGUGUGGUAACACCUCUACUAAAUCCCCUUAUAUACAGCUUAAGAAAUGAGGAGGUAAAGGGUGGAGUGAAAAAACUGCUUCAUCAUAAGGCUAGUGUCGAGAAGGUAUAAAGUUGUACAAGUAUAACCUAUGGAAUGGAUGGAAAGAAAUUAAUUACGGUACACAUAAUGUUAAGUAUCCCACAUUCUCUGUGUCAUUUUAUUUUAUCU